AUGGCCACCAGCGGUGCCCCUCGCCUCUCCUUGCAACUCCUGCUGCCUGUCACCACUCUGCUGCUAUCACUGCUGCUCACAGACUCCCACGCCUUAUCACCACCACGGUUCACUAAAGUUCCCGUCGACCAGAUUGGCGUCUCGGGCGGCGUGGUCUCCUUUGUGUGCCAGGCGACAGGCGACCCCAAGCCGAGGGUUAGCUGGAACAAGAAAGGCAAAAAGGUCAACUCCCAGCGCAUUGAGACCAUAGAGUUUGACGAAGGUGCCGGUGCUGUACUCAGAAUCCAGCCUCUCCGAGCGCCUCGUGACGAGAACAUCUAUGAAUGCGUGGCAGAGAACAGCGAGGGGGAGAUCACUGUCAAUGCCAAGCUGUCCAUCAUCCGAGAGGACCUUCUUCCACCGGGCUUCCCCAACAUUGACAUGGGCCCUCAGCUCAAAGUGGUGGAGCGGACCAGAACAGCCACCAUGCUCUGCGCUGCAAGUGGCAACCCUGACCCAGAAAUCACGUGGUACAAAGACUUCCUGCCCAUCGACCCCAGUGCAAGUAAUGGGCGAAUUAAACAGUUACGCUCAGAAGCCUUUGAGGGUACCCCAAUUCGAGGUGCCUUGCAGAUCGAGAACAGCGAGGAGACAGACCAGGGGAAGUACGAGUGCGUGGCGUCUAAUGUGGAAGGCGUGCGCUACUCGUCCCCUGCUAACCUUUAUGUGCGAGAGCUUCGAGAAGUCCGACGGGUGCCUCCUCGCUUCUCCAUUCCACCAACAAGUCAGGAAAUAAUGCCUGGUGGCAGUGUGAACAUAACUUGCGUGGCAGUGGGGUCACCCAUGCCUUACGUCAAGUGGAUGCUGAACUCAGAGGACUUGACACCAGAGGAUGAGAUGCCGGUAGGCAGGAACGUUCUUGAACUGAGCAGUGUCCGUGAGUCAGCCAACUACACCUGCGUGGCCAUGAGCAGCCUUGGCAUCAUUGAAGCUGUGGCGCAAAUCACCGUCAAAUCUCUACCCAAGCCUCCAGGUACCCCUGUGGUUACUGAAACCACUGCAACCAGUGUGACCAUCACAUGGGACUCAGGCAACCCAGACCCAGUGACUUACUAUAUCAUUCAGUACAGGGCCAAGUCCCCAGACAGCAAAUAUGAGACAGUGGAUGACAUCACAACCACACGUUACAGUAUUGGUGGCCUCUACCCCAACACAGAGUAUGAAAUUCGUGUCUCGGCAGUCAACACUAUUGGACAGGGUCCCCCCAGUGAACCAGUGGAAACUCGGACUGGUGAGCAAGCGCCUGCAAGUCCACCAAGAAACAUCCAGGCCCAGAUUAUAUCCCAGAAUACCAUGAUGGUACGCUGGGAGGAGCCCGAGGAGCCCAAUGGGCAGAUCAAGGGCUAUCGGGUGUAUUACACAAUGGACGACUCCCAGCCAAUGAGUCUCUGGCAGAUCCAUAACGUCCAGGACAGCAUCAUCACCACUAUCCAGAGCCUGGUUCCUCAAGAAACAUACACAAUCAAAGUCCUGGCAUUCACUUCCGUAGGAGAUGGACCCUUUUCGGAGCCCAUCCAUGUCAAAGUCCUGCAAGGAGUUCCGGGUCAGCCGUCCAAAUUCCAGGUUGGUGCUGUGUCUGACACUAGCAUUGAACUGACCUGGGAGGCCUAUGAGAAAGAAGGGAUUAUAAAUUAUGAACUUCGAUACAUGGAAGGCAGUUUUGGCACCCAGAUGAAGAAAACAUUUGGACCCACAUCUUCAUAUGUUGUGGAAGGUCUCCGCCCAAACACAGAGUACCACUUCUCCCUGGCAGCCAUCUCUAACAAAGGCAUUGGAGCCUUCACCAAUGACAUAUCACACAAGACCUUGCAAGCCAAGCCCUCAGAACCCCCUCAAGAAAUUAAGUGCAGCAGCCACAGCUCCACCGCCCUGCUGGUAAGUUGGCGCCCCCCGCCUUUGAAGAGUCAAAACGGUGACCUGGCGGGGUAUAGGGUGCGCUACCAGGUGGUGGGCCUAUCAGAUGGCAGCAGUGAUGAUGGGGAGCCCAUGGAGGAGCCCACUGUCCCCGCAAAUGAAGAGCAGAUGCUGCUGCAGAGAUUGGAGAAAUGGACCCAGUACAGCAUCUCUGUGUCUGCCUUCACUGUGGUCGGGCCAGGUCCUGAGAGCGAGCCCCUGAUCUGCCGCACUGAUGAAGAUGUUCCUGGGGCUCCUCCAAGGCGGGUGGAGGUUGAAGUCCUCAACUCCACAGCAUUAAAGGUGAUGUGGCGCUCCUUGACUCCAGGAAAGCAACACGGUCAGAUCCGUGGCUACCAGGUUCACUAUGUCCGUGUGGAAAAUGGCGAGUCAAGGGGCCUGCCCCUAAUCAAGGACGUCAUGCUGGCCGAUGCCCAGUGGGAAACGGACGAUACAGCCGAAUAUGAAAUGGUAAUUGGAGGACUUAAGCCAGACACCACUUACUCCAUCACAGUGGCAGCGUACACCACCAAGGGGGAUGGAGCCCGCAGCAAACCCAAACUGGUGGUGACCAAAGGGGCAGUGCCUGGUCCUCCCUAUAUGUCAGUGGCUCAGGACUCAGACACAUCAGCUAUGGUUCGCUGGGACCCUCCUGACCUGACCAAUGGCAUGGACCUGAUGGGUUUCCGCCUCCAGUUUGGCCGAAAAGAUGUGUCUCCUUUGGCCACACUGGAAUUUGCUCCCCAAGAACGACAGUACUCUGUGGUCAACAUUCACCGGGGUGCCAUCUAUCUCUUUAAAAUCUCAGCCAAGAGCAGGGGGGGCUUUGGGGAAGAGGCUUCUGUAGAACUCAAUGUGCCUGAGAAAACACCAGGGGGAUAUCCUCAAAUUGAUGAGCGCUCCAACGUGACAUGUUGCUCAGUGCAGCUGUCCUGGUCUCCCCCUGUGCUGGCAGAGAGGAACGGGGUUAUUACGGCGUACACGUUGGCUUAUAAGGAAACCGGUUCUGGAGGAGCACCAAGUGAGCUCCGAUUGCCCCCGAGCCAGUCCAACUAUGUGCUCAACAGCCUCAAACCCAACUCAGCGUAUGAUGUGAAAAUACGAGCGCACACCAGUAUAGGUCCAGGGCCCUACAGCCCGCCUAUCCAGUAUCGGACCGUGGCCUUUGAUCCAACAGGUAGGGCUUGCCUGUUUCUUUCCGAACCCGGUUGGCAGGGGGUUGGAAUUUGGCUAACUAUAGUUGGCUGCAACUAUACUAAAAUGAAAACUGCCCCACCCCCUCCUUCAACCACCUCCACUCUCAUCCUUGCAACCCUUUACCGAGCACACUCACACAGCUAUAUGUCAUCUCACAUCCCAAGGUUCUUUUUUUUGUUUCUCAUUCCUAGGUCUUUCUACAUGCCUGGUGUAUUAACUGUACUUUUCUCUGUUAUUUUUUUCCUUCCAUUUUUCCUCUUAACAGAUGUUCCAAAGAAUUUUACUGUCAAGUGGGCAACUAAGACCACAGUGGUCCUAGCGUGGAAGUUUUCUGAGAGCAGGUCUCCAUACAAAUGCACGAUUGAGUACAACCGGCAAAAGAUGGAUGUGGACGCCAGACAGAUGAGGGUGCUCAUUACCGGGCUAAGGCACAACAACACCUAUGAGUUUAGGGUGACCUGCCAAGAAAGCAUGGAUGGUGGGCCGAGACAUCGUGUCUUUGCCAAGACAGCACCCCUUAUCUUGGUCAAGAAACCCAAGUUAGACAUUUAUGCUGAGCCUGACAACAUGCUCACCAUGUCCUUUCCACCGGUCGAUAACAAGGAUGUCAAGAAUUUCUAUGUGGUUGUGGUUCCACUGAAGAGAACCGCAGGAACUGUCAAGAACCUUAAUAAUCCUGAUGAGACGGAUAUGGAAGAGCUGUUGCGUGGGGUGACCCCAAAGCGCCGUUCACGUCGUCAGUUGGCUCAGCUGGACCAGAGGAAGCCCUACAUCACAGCCUGCUUCAGGCAGCUGCCCUCCAGCUUCACAGUGGGAUCUGAUCAUCGCCACAGCAGCUGUGAGAACAAGCCUCUUGAACCUGGCCAGGAGUACGUCUUCUUCCUGCUGGCUGAACUCAAUACCACUGCCGGGAAAAUGUUUGCUACCAGUCCUUAUACCGACACAGUGAUGACUCCGGAGCUAGUGGUGGACCCCCUGCCAGUAGAGACUGGGGACGGACUCAUAUGGGUGGUGGGCCCAGUCCUAGCUGUGGUCUUCAUCAUCUGCAUCGUCAUUGCCAUUCUCCUGUAUAAAAACAAACCUGACAGCCGCAAAAGAAAAGAAUCAGAGCCACGCACCAAAUGUUUGCUUAACAACGCAGACAUCACACCCCACCAUCCUACAGACCCUGUGGAGAUGAGACGCAUCAACUUCCAAACUCCAGAUUCUGGUCUAAGCAGUCCUCAGAGUGAAGCAGAUUUUGACUAUGAAAGUAUGAUGAAUCAUCCUCCCAUCCCUAUCUCAGAGCUGGCGGAACACACAGAACUUCUCAAGGCCAACGACAACCUGAAACUCUCCCAAGAAUAUGAGUCCAUCGAUCCCGGCCAGCAGUUCACCUGGGAACACUCCAACCUGGAGGUGAACAAGCCCAAAAAUCGCUACGCCAACGUCAUCGCCUACGACCACUCUCGCGUCAUCCUGGCUCCCAUCGACGGUAUCACAGGUAGCGACUACAUCAACGCCAACUACAUCGAUGGCUACAGGAAGCAGAACGCCUACAUCGCCACCCAGGGUCCAUUACCAGAGACCUUCGGGGACUUCUGGAGGAUGGUGUGGGAACAGAGAGCUGCCACUGUGGUUAUGAUGACCAGGCUGGAAGAGAAAUCACGGAUCAAGUGUGACCAGUACUGGCCCAGUCGUGGCACAGAAACCUACGGGAUGACCCAAGUGACCCUGUUGGACACCAUAGAACUGGCCACUUUCUGUGUGCGGACUUUCUCCUUGCAUAAGAAUGGUUCUAGUGAAAAGCGGGAGGUGCGUCAGUUCCAGUUCACAGCGUGGCCUGACCAUGGCGUACCAGAGUACCCCACCCCCUUCCUGGCCUUCCUCCGUAGGGUGAAGACCUGCAACCCGCCUGACGCUGGACCCAUUAUCGCCCACUGCAGCGCGGGUGUGGGUCGGACAGGUUGCUUCAUCGUCAUUGAUGCCAUGCUGGAGCGGAUCAAGCACGAGAAGACGGUGGACAUUUAUGGCCAUGUGACACUGAUGCGCUCACAGCGGAACUACAUGGUGCAGACGGAGGACCAGUACAGCUUCAUUCACGAUGCACUGCUGGAGGCGGUUGCCUGCGGCAACACUGAAGUUGCUGCCCGGAGCCUCUAUUCCUACAUCCAGAAGCUUGCACAGGUGGAGAGUGGCGAGCAUGUCACUGGCAUGGAGUUAGAGUUCAAGCGAUUGGCCAACUCCAAAGCCCACACGUCGCGCUUCAUCAGUGCCAACCUUCCCUGCAACAAGUUCAAGAACCGGCUGGUCAACAUCAUGCCCUACGAGACCACGCGUGUCUGCCUUCAGCCAAUCAGAGGCCUGGAAGGAUCUGACUACAUCAACUCCAGCUUCAUUGAUGGAUACAGGCAACAGAAGGCCUACAUCGCAACACAGGGCCCUCUGGCUGAGACUACAGAAGACUUCUGGAGGAUGCUCUGGGAGAACAACUCCACUAUUGUAGUCAUGUUGACCAAGCUGAGAGAGAUGGGACGGGAAAAGUGUCACCAGUACUGGCCGGCAGAGCGCUCAGCGCGGUACCAGUACUUUGUGGUUGAUCCAAUGGCAGAGUACAACAUGCCCCAGUACAUCCUCAGAGAGUUCAAAGUCACAGAUGCCAGGGAUGGCCAAUCCAGGACAGUAAGGCAGUUCCAGUUUACUGAUUGGCCAGAGCAAGGCGUGCCCAAAUCUGGGGAGGGAUUCAUUGACUUCAUUGGCCAGGUGCAUAAAACGAAGGAGCAGUUUGGACAGGAUGGACCGAUCUCUGUCCACUGCAGUGCCGGUGUGGGCAGGACCGGAGUCUUCAUCACCCUCAGCAUCGUCCUGGAGCGAAUGCGCUAUGAAGGCGUGGUUGAUAUCUUCCAGACAGUGAAGAUGCUGCGAACGCAGAGGCCAGCCAUGGUGCAGACUGAGGAUGAAUACCAAUUCUGCUAUCACGCAGCUCUGGAGUAUUUAGGAAGCUUUGAUCACUAUGCAACGUAAAAAGCCAUCUCUUCCCUCCUCCCCCCACCCCCCCCCAGAAUCCCAUCGC